UCUGGUAAAGAAGUGGUAAUUCCACCUACUUAUAUAAGAACUAUCAUUUUUACUUCUGAUAUUCACUUCGCUAUACUUAGUGCAAACAAAAAUCUAACAUCAUCUCCAAUUCAGUUUUAAAUAACUGGGUAGGUAUUGCAAGUCAGUAAAACUGUUUCGAUAAAACGAUACAAGUGCGACCUUAAACAAUGUUCUUGAUACUAGUUAUAAUUCUUCUCACUGCGGCCUACUUCUACUCGGUGAGGAACCACGACUACUGGAAGAAACGAAACAUAAAGUACGAGACGCCAUUACCUCUGCUAGGUAACUGCGCCCGAAGCCUCUUCCGACUGCAGAGCCUAAUUGACCUAAGCAAUAACUUUUAUAAUAAAUACACAGACGAAAAAGUUAUAGGCUCCUACAGAGGCACCACACCAGAACUGAUUGUAAGGGACCUGGACUUGAUCAAGAAAAUUCUGACGGUUGACUUCCCGUACUUUUAUAAUCGAGGCAUGUCCCGGAACGUACAACUCGAGCCUUUGUUUGGGAAUUUAUUCCACGCAGAGGGAGACAGGUGGAAGCUGCUGCGCCAGCGGCUGACCCCCGCGUUCACAACGGCCAAGCUGCGCGCCAUGUUCCCGCUAGUGGUGCGCUGUGCUGAGAGACUGCAGGAUGUAGUGACGGAGCUGGCGAGCCGCGGGGCCACGUACGACGCGCGCGAGCUGAUGGCGAGGUUCACCACCGAGUUCAUCGGCGCCUGCGGCUUCGGCAUCGAGAUGGACACCAUCAAUAACGAACGCUCCAGAUUUAGAGAACUCGGGAUAAAGAUCUUUAAGGGUAGCUUAAGGGGUCGAAUCCUUUUACCGAUAUGGGAAUUAUUUCCUGAAGUAAGAAAAUUUUUAAAAGUUGAAACCGAUGACGUCAAAAAUGUAAUAAUGGCUAUUACAAAACAAAUUCGUCAACAAAGAAAUUACCAACCAAUAGGACGUCACGACUUCGUUGAUCUAUUACUAGAAUUGGAAAAUAAAGGUACAAUUGUUGGAGAAUCAAUAGAAAAAGUGGAUAAAGACGGAAAACCUGAGCUAGUGGAGUUAGAAAUGGACUUAAAAUGCCAAGCGGCGCAAAUGUUUGUUUUCUUCGUUGCUGGUUUUGAAACAUCCUCUGUAGCCACCAGCUUCACUCUUCACAUUCUGGCAUUUAAUCCGGAAACACAACGCAGGGUGCAAGACGAAAUCGACACUGUACUGAAGAAGUUCAACAACAUACUCUGCUACGACGCCAUAGCUAACAUGAAUCUCUUGGAUAUGGCAUUUCAAGAGUCUAUGAGGAUGCUAUCCCCUGUUGGAGUUCUGAAUCGAGUUUGUGUCAGAGAAUACAAAAUCCCAGAACUCGGCAUCACACUCGACCCUGGCGUGAAGAUUCUGAUCCCAGUGCAUGCCAUCCACAUGGACAAAAAGUAUUACGACAACCCCGAGGAGUUUAGACCAGAAAGAUUCACGCCAGAAGCAAAGAAGAUGAGACACAAGUUUUCGUAUUUACCCUUCGGAGAAGGUCCACGAUCGUGUGUUGGCGAGCGUCUAGGCCACAUGCUGUCCUUGGCGGGUCUGGCAGCAUUCCUGCACAGGUUCACAGUAGAACCUGCAGCCAGCUCCCGACGAAACCUCAAACUGAACCCCUGGUCACACACUUCGCAGAGCGUAGCCGGGGGUCUGCCGCUCAACUUCAAACUUCGAACACACACAUCUUCCUAGCGGCAUCCUGUUUUCACAUGGUCCGCUUAUAGGGACAAUCAUAAAACACCUCCUUUACAAAGUCUAUGCUAACAUUUAUCAACGGUUUCUUCAACUGUAACUCGUUUUCUGACUUAGGACUCCCAACCAUCGUAUAAAUCGGAAGCGUCAUCCCCACUACUCAACAUUUAUUGAACGAUGCGAAUACAUGGGGCGAUAUCGAACGACGUUGCCAGACUUCGUUCGACUUUGCUAUAAUACGAGUAUGCUCUCCAACUAUAUAGCAAAGUCGCGAGAUAGAACGCUUUGCGAGGUGGAGCGAUGUCGUACGAUGUCUCCAGGAACACGGAGGAGGAACUUUCUCGAAUCUGCUAUACGGAUUCAUGUUUGCUAUAUCGGCCACUGCAUCCUUCGUCGUGAUGUUACAAAUUAGUAAUAGGGUAUUUGACUGGGUCAAAGAUAAAUUAUAAAAUGCUAAUCUAAAAAUAGAAGCCAAUCUAAGAUGAUCAAAAAUAAAUUUCAUUUUACCUUUCCACUUAGUUUCGAAUUUUAUUUAUGAAUCAGGUAACUUAAACAAGCACAAAGUUCGACCGCUUUUAUUGAUGACGUCAUAGGACAGUAUUUCCAAACUCCAAAGAAAACUUUCUCAUUGGACUAGGUUGACAAGUAGCCUAUUGUGCGGGCGGAGUGAUGUCCAGCUAGCUAUUUCAUAUAAAUAAUAAUAAUAACGUCAAAUUCUAAUUUAAAAUUUAAAUUACCAUGUUACAAUGCAUGUUUAGUGGUCAUUGUUGUUAUGUAUUGUUGACUGGUAAGUAGGUAGGUACCUGUUACGAGUAGGUAUACUAAUAAAGAAAGAAUCAGUAAUGUCAUAUC